UAAAGAAGUUUAGUGAGAAGGGGCUGAGUAGAGGGAGGGACAUGAGGCAGUAACAAAGAAAGGAAGAGAAGGAGGGAAAGGGGUUGAGUUGUUGCAUAGUGAAAGGAAACAUAUCACAUCCAGAAGCAGAAAAUAGCCCAGCUGAUGAGAAGUACACAGGCAGAGGAAUAUACACAAGCAUGCAAGCUGAAAAGCAGAAAGCAACCUAGGAAUGAGAGAGGAACAGAGACACACAGAUAGACAGAUAGAAAGGUUAGAGAGAACAGAUGGGCAUCAUUUGUUCCAGUGAGAAGAGGAUUGAUAAAGAUUUGCACAGAGACAGGAACUCAUGAAGAGACCAGACACCAACUCAGCAACCAAGAAAGCCUCACAGGAGGAGCAAAAGGAGAUGAAACUGUGGCAUUAACUCGUUUAAAUGAUGCUCAGGAAUAAACGUAAGAUUGGUGCUUUUGCAAAGAUAACAAGUCAAAGAGAGGAUGAGGGAGUCUGAGCUCUGUGCUGGUUAAGGAUCCCAUCAGGAGCUUAAGCUGAAUGUCAGGGGACGGGGUUUUAAUGCUAUGGCUCGCUAUAUGCUCUGCUGGGGAGGCGGGGCCUUGGAGGAUCACUACAUGUAUGCUCCCUUGCCAGAUGUUUAUCGGGAACGAGCAUCAGGACUUGUAUUACCACCUGAGCAUGAAGUGGCACAGCGUUUGGCACUGGGCAGCUACAACAUUGCCAAUGGUAGUAAGGCUGACCUGCAGGCUGCCAAACUGCUGGCCAAACGCCUCUACAACCUGGACGGUUUCAGGAGGUCUGACAUUGCAAGGCACCUGAGCAAAAAUAAUGAUUUCAGUAGGAUGGUGGCAGAGGAGUACUUGAGUUAUUUCAACUUCUCAGGCAUGAGUGUGGAUCAGGCUCUGAGAGUUUUCCUGAGAGAGUUUGCUCUCAUGGGAGAGACGCAGGAGAGAGAACGAGUGCUGUCCCAUUUCUCCAGAAGAUACCUCCAGUGCAACACCAACACUGUACUAACUGAAGGCAGUGUCCACACUCUGACCUGCGCUCUGAUGCUGCUGAACACAGACCUGCAUGGCCAUAAUGUGGGGAAGAGGAUGUCAUGUGCGCAGUUCAUAAGCAACCUGGAGGGCUUAAAUGAUGGGCAGAAUUUCCCAAAAGACCUGCUCAAGGCACUCUACAACUCCAUCAAGAAUGAGAAGCUGCAGUGGACAAUUGAUGAAGAGGAAGUGCGUAAGUCUGUGUCGGAGCUGGCCGACAGCAGGACAGACUCUGCGUCCCACACCCUGAAGAGGAUUACUAGCGGCGGGGCUCCUCUGGUGUCUCUGGCUCAGCAGUCUAACGCUCAGGUCUACAAGAAAGGCUUCCUCGUGCGCAAAGUUCACGCCGACCCCGAUGGCAAGAGGACGCCUCGAGGUAAGAGAGGAUGGAAGACUUUUUAUGCCAUCCUGAAGGGACUGGUCCUUUAUUUGCAAAAGAGUGAAUAUGGCACUCCUAAGCAGCUGUGUGAUGAGGAUCUGAAGAACGCUGUGUCCAUCCAUCACUCUCUAGCGAUGAAGGCAGCAGACUACAGCAAGAGACCCAAUGUGUUUUACCUACGCACUGCUGACUGGAGGGUCUUCCUCUUCCAGGCCCCCAAUGCGGAGCAGAUGCAGUCCUGGAUCACACGCAUCAACACGGUGGCUGCCAUGUUCUCCGCCCCGCCCUUUCCAGCCGCCAUCGGCUCACAGAAGAAGUUUAGCCGACCGCUUCUACCGGGAUCUACUACGAAACUGUCCCAGGAGGAGCAGGCAAAAUCUCAUGAAAUGCGCUUCAGAUCCGUGUCCUCUGAGCUGCAGGAGCUGCGCUCUGUUCCUCAGGAGCGGAAGCCCAAAGGGAAGGAGCAAGAAGAGGCCAAGCAGAGGGAGGAGUACCUGGAGUUUGAGAAAACCCGCUAUGGGACGUACGCCAUGUUACUCAGAGCGAAGAUUCGCAUGGGUGAGUCAGAUCUGACAGAGUUCGAGGCUCGUUUGUUUAGUGAUGGCACUCUUCAGCGCACCAGCUCCAGCCCCACGCUGGCACACGACACCAGCCACGCCAGCGCCAGCAGCUGCAGCUCCAGAAGUAAGAAGAGCAGCCGAAGUGAAAGCCAGAGACACAAGCCAGCUGUGAAACAGUGAGUCCACUAUCCAGGGCACUUGAUAGCUGCUUUAUGGUGCUCCUGAUCCAGACUGAAGGCCUGAGUAUAGAGCAUCGAUAUGAGGAAAAAUAAUGGCAGUUUGUGCACUACACUGCAGUGUCCGCACAUUCGGUCGUGCACUCGGCUCGAGCAGUGCUGGAGGAUGUGGUCAGAGGUGAAGCUUGAAGCUGGGUAUGAGUAGUCGCCUCACUUCCUCAUGAAAGCAUGUUGUUGUGGCCAGCAAACCAGGCCUACAGAGAGCAGAGGAGUGUGAAUAUAGCCAUCCUCCCUUUAUCUUUAUUACCUUUAUAGCCUGGCUUUAUACUUCUCUUAGCUUAACCUGUAUGCUGUAUAGAAGGCAUAGACUACUUAAAGCUUUUUUUGUGCAUCUUGUUCCUAUUUUUAUUUAUUUAUUUUUGCUCAAACAACAUGCCCACACAAGCCAAGUACAAGAGUGUCCACCACAAUGGAGAUUUCUUUCUAACCCAGUGUUUUGGGGAUAAAAAUCAGAAUCUCUUUGCAUUAUCACAGAGCCGAUUUCCUUUUUUAAUACCCAAAGUUUUUGUUUUUCUUUUCCUUUUUCCUUGCUUGAACAUAUUUUUACAUAGGAUAAUGUACGUGUAUAGAUUUUUUGAACUCAUCUUUUGAGCAUGCUUGUGAUGUAAAGACAAUCAGUUCCCUCUUUGCAUUCCCAGUGUAUGUAUUGUAUGUUUUUUGUUUGUGUGUUUGUUUUGUUUUGUUUUUGUUUUUGUUUUUUAUCUGAAAGCACACUACAGCAAAAAAAAUAAAAAAAUAUAUAUCAUAAUUUAGAGCCAUUCUCAAAGUGGGGUCUGGGAAUCCUAGGGUUCUGUAAAGUAUAGCCUUAGGGUCUGUGAAUUGUUUUGUUUUGUUAUUCAUUUCAUGUUGUUUUGUUUUGUAUAGUUUUGUUUUGUUUUGUUUUUUUGUUUCAUUUUGUUUGUUUUGUUUUAAUGGUGGAAGUCACGGCCCACUAUUAUCAAAAGUUUUUAUGAUUAUUAUUGAUUUCCUAUUAGCCUGUUUGGACCGGUCACUUGAAUUGAACGAUUAAAAUCCAAACCUAAAUAACUCAAAAACAAACAGGACUCUGAAUAAUGUUAACUGAAACCUAAUGACAAUUUAUCAUAAUUAAAAAAUAAAUAAAUAAAUAAAUAAAUAAAUAAAAACCUGUAGUGUUAAAAGGAAAGGAAUUAAAAAGUACCCCCCCCCCCAAAUCUAUUAUGCUGGAUUAUGUUUGUAAAAUAAAUCUGUCCUAAAAGACUUUGCAAAUUUUAUUUACAGUUAAAGGAAAAGGUUUGAGAACCCCAGGUGUAGUUGUAGGUGUGUUGUGUGCACAUAACAGGUGACACCAGCGAUUCUGUUUUAGUGUUUAUGUGAGGAUUGUGUAUGCAUCGUGUAUGCUGACUGUGAACGUGGAUAUCUGAUAAACACAGAUUUAGAUGGGGGGGUGGGGGUGGAAUGAACAUGUUUCUACUGAUGACCUUAUUGUGUGGCAAAGACAUUUUCUUCUCAGGCUCCCGUUUUCAAAUACUGCAGUGAUGCCACAUGUCUGCUGCCAGAAGGGGGCAGUGGAGGAGAGAUAACCUGUAUUACCUCAGCUGUAUUGGAGAACAAUUAUUUAUAUUGAGCUUAAAGGAAUAAUAGCACACGUAUUGAGGAAGACACUUAUGUGACUGAAUGUCUGUGAAGUGUGUCUUAAUGAUGAACUUUCUUCACGGCAGGAACUAAAGAAUCCGAUAUAUUGUAAAAAAAAAAAAAAAAAAAAAAGUGUUACCAGGUAGGACACAAA